GUUCUUCGUUCUACAAAGUUGAAGGGGCGGGUAAAUAUACAAAUACAUUUCUAUUCCACCCAAGCAUCUGAUCAAAGUGAAAAAAAGGGAGUGUUUCAACACAAUGGCUUAGCGUCAGUCCGGUUUCUCACCACGUUGCCUAGCUCAACCUCAGCUUCUCAUUGGUUUCCACUAGUCUACCACCAUGUACCACUACGGUCAGGUACCUCCAUCUUGGCUUGGAUCGAGUGGCCAGGCGAGCUGCCAGGGGCCCGCGGCCGCCGCUGUCACUCUGGGGGCGUUCCUUGAUUGGUGUCCGUCCCUUCAAUGGGCAUCGCCAAUUGGGGGAGAAUGACACCGGAUCUUUAUAUGACUUGAAUCCCCAUUCCCGUUCGUGUUGUAUUGUCUCUCUUGUGUUUUAUCCUCCUCUGUCUCCUCCGUUCAAUAACAUCCCAUCCAACCACCAAAACCAUCAUCACAAACACCGCAAACAUGAAGGUCACCGCUGCCCUCUUCUCCCUCGCUUUCGCCAGCUUCGCUGCUGCCCAGGACCUUGGUAACCUCCCCAGUUGCGCUACCGAAUGUGCCACACCCUACCUCACCAACGGCAUCGGUAACUGCGGUCGCGACCCCAAGUGCAUCUGCACGGACGAGACCUUCAUCAAGGACAUCCAAUGCUGUCUCAUUAAGACGUGCUCGCCUGACCAGAUCGAUGCUGCCGCCAGUUUCGCUGUCACUUUCUGCAAGAACAACGGUGCCACGAACUUCCCUACCAAGGCCACCUGCGCGACCGCCGCUGCCACCACCUCUACCGGCAGCGCUUCCUCUACCGCCACCGCCGUCGUCGUCACCACCGGUACCGGUACCGCUGCUGCCACUACCGUCACUGGUUCCAACAGCGCUGCCGUGUCCUCGGCCGCCAGCAGCAUUAAGAGCGCUGCCAGCAGCGCGGCUAGCAGUACCCACAGCAGCAACCCCGGCCCCAGGCAGACUGCCGCUGCCGGUCUUGGUGCCAUUGGUGGCCUCAUGGCUGCCGUUGCCCUUCUUUAAGGGGUGAAUAUGGUUGGAUACGUAAUAUUUAAUGGCCAUGAUGGGGUGACGGACCUUGGAUAUGUAUGAGAACAGGAUACGAUAUAAUGGAAUGAUAAUACCACAGCAACUUUUAUUACGU